AACCCUAUCCCUCCACCCCUGCCCGGACACACAGCCAGAAGCGGCAGAGGCUAGUACCGCAUCCACACACGAACACACGCUUACCAUCCACACGCACACACGCAGGAGCUUUCAGGCGAGAGUCGGGGUCUCGCUCCGGUUCUGUUAGCAGAACUAUGCGCAAAGCUAAACGGAACUAACGAUAUUCAGGCGGACUGACUUUAAAAGGGAGAAGUGGAAUUCAUAAAAUAAAGAAACACUGACAAGCAAAUCUUUCAGCACAGAGUCAAGGAAAACUGAAAAAGAGAAACCACUGGAGACGAUCAAGUAAGUGAAUAUAACAUUGUUCUAGUUCUCCUCCUUCCACCUCCCUCGCUCCCACCCUGUCAUCGAUGGAUAAGAUCGCAUUCGUGGAUUGUUCUGCGUCCGAGAGAAAACACCCAACAAAUCACUGUCCCGCAUCAGCGCACCAGAUCAGAAACGGUGGGUGGGACUGGGAGUGAAUAUCUGUGAUCUCUUCUGUACACUGAACCUAAACAGCGUACCAUUGAUUUACUACAGUGUGCAUAGCCUAGGAAAUCUGUACUCGACUUACUGGUUCAUAGUGUUAAUCUUAUCUGGACAUUUUUUUUUGUUCCUUAAAAAAAUAUAAUAAUGUUUUAUAAGCAUGUUUUUAAAUGUCAGAUAACGACCGGACUUGCUGAACUUCGCGUUCUGUGACUCAAGCAGCCGAGAGCGAAUCGACUGCCUCGACAGGUUUGUUUGUCAACACAGAGAACUACGCGGCUGCAUCUGGAGACAGCAGGAGGGACGGGGGACGCAGCUGUGACGCGUUUCUUGCACAAUAACCACGGGCUGGCGAGUUCUCCACGCAGUCAAGGAUUAUACAGGAGCCCUUAGAAUGAGAAAAAAACACGAGUGAAAAUGAGUUAUUUUGGUGAUUGGGUCAUAUGACGCGACUGCCUGUCUCCUGCUAGCUGUGUGUGUUUUAAAUAUGUUGCAUUCAGAGGAAGUUGGCGUAUCGGUGCUUGCCAAACGGAGAUAACCCUUUAAAGAAAGUGAGGUAGGUGCUGUGACAGGAUAAAACUAACAUAAAAACAAACAACAUGAAAAAAAGACCGUCAACCUGCAUGAAGUGAAGUGAAACCGCAGUCGCCGCGCUGAAUAGGAAACACAGUUGACGGGCUAUUUUGAUGGCACAAGACGUGACACAUAAGACCUGUAGCCCGUUUGCUAAAUAUGAGCACGGCAAGGCAUUUAAUAAAGAUGCGGCGCUGGUUUGGAUUACAAGUUUAAUGACGUGCUUAUAAUGUAUCUUCAUUUCAAACCGCUGUGGCUAUAAUAACAUCUUUUUUUUUUUUUUUUUUUACUGAAAACGAAUUUUUUUGACGGUUCUCGCCACCACACGAACUAUUGUUUAAAACCUACACACUUUAAAGAUAUACUAUUUAUAUAUACUUUUGAUAAUUAAAAAAAAAAAAAAGUUUGUAUGAAGGUUGAGGCGCUGGAGCGCGUUGCUCUCGUUGGAUUUUUCUCUCACCAUGGGCACAAAACAAACCAAAGCCAGCGGCCAGCAAGCUUCUGAAACCGGGGACAGCCCUCCGCACGGCCAGGGCUCUCGGAAGAGAACGCCCACAAAGGAGCGAGGGGGGGACAUGUUCGCUUCUUUCAUGCUAAAAUCCGGGGACAAGUUCGGCAAGAGCGGGACACCCCCACCUUACCAGAGGCGCAUUGGUAUGAUCCAGGAGAUGAUGAUUCUCGCCAAGCAAGGCAAGCAGGACGAGACCACGGAGCUUUUCAAAAACUUACGACAGGAUUUAGGGAUGGAGUCGACCUCUCUGGACGAUGUCCUGUAUCGGUACGCCAGCUUCCGAAACCUGGUGGACCCCAUCACCCACGACCUCAUCCUCAGCUUGGCACGCUACAUCCACUGCCCCAAAACGGAAGGGGACUCUUUGGGUGCAAUGGAGAAGGUGUGCCGCCAGCUUACCUACCACCUGAGCCCGCACUCGCAGUGGAGGCGCCAGGGGCUGAUGAAACGCAAGCCCCAGGCCUGCCUGAAAGCUGUCCUCUCCAGCCCCCCCCACAACAACACCUUGGACCUGUCCGGGAUCCCCCUGACCGUGAAGGACAUGGACCGGCUCAUCUCGUACCUGCAGCAGAACGCCAGGCUGGUCACCAGCGUGGAGCUGUGCUUCACAGAGCUGACAGACGAAGCCUUCCUCCAGCUGCUCCCCACGCUCAGCGCCCUGCCUCUGCUCAACACCCUCUCGGUCAACGGGAACUGGCUCACCAAGGCCGUCCUGCGAGACAUCAUCGACACCCUCAAAGACCUGGAGAUGUUCCCCAGCAUCACGUGGAUCGACCUGGGCAACAACGUGGACAUCUUCUCCCUGCCGCAGCCCUUCCUGGUCAGCCUGCGGAAACGGUGCCCCAAGCAAGGGAACCUGCCCACCAUCAUGGAGUUCGGGGAGAGCCAAGUGAGCGACCUGGAGAACCAUGAUGGGAACCACUCCGAGAGCCUGGGUGAUCUGGAUUCAGAGGAGGAGGACCUGAGGGAGAACAGCCUGCUGUUCGCUGGCCAAUCGGAGACGGACUCCGUGGAGAAGUGCAUCAGCAGUGUUGAAACAGGCGAUCACAUGACUGCGUUGGCAGCCAAUCAGACAUGAGAGGACCUAGGACUCCUGGGUCACGUUUUUUUUUUUCUUCUCUCUUUCCUGCGUGUUACCUUGUGUCUUGUGACGUCCGCACGCAACGCGCCAGCCCAUAACCUGAAAGUCACGGUAACGCUGGGCAAGAAGAGAGGCUAUCAAAAAAGGAAGUGAAGUUAAGAAGAAACAAGCCAAAAAAAAUUCUGGAUAUGACAAGAUAAAAAUUAUUUUAUAUACAACUAAAUUGUAAGCUAAAAUGUGGGUUUGGUAGCUUGGCUUAUGGUACUCUGUCUCUGUGCUCUUGCAUGUUUUUAUAUUGUAUGUGAGAAUUUAUUUGUGAUCUGUUUUAGAGCAGAGGAUGCCUGUCUCCCAAUGCCUUGUGUAAUGAAGACGUGCCAUAUCACCCCAAAGACAGCAGCGACUGCACUGCUAAUGGAUUGCUGGACUGUUGACUUAGCAGGAGAACCAUGUGCAAUCCAACAUGAUCUAUAUAAGAUAUUUUUGUAAUGCGAAUGUAAGGCUUCUUUAUCCUGAAGCUCCAGGAGCAAAAAAGCAGGUUUGAUUUUACACCUUUUGAGUCGGAGGAAUGUGGAAAAUUGCAACUGUUGUCAAUCGUAACGUGUGUGUGUGUGUACGUUUUUAAAAGAUUCAAUUUCUAAGUUUUUAUACUGCAUAAAACGUUUUUUUUGUAGGUGUU